CAAAUCUCUUUUUAUUAUAUAGAUCUACAUAUAUACUUAGCUUUUGAUUAAAUGUUUUAGAACUGAUCGUUGUAAUCGCUAUGAUUAAAAUCUGCAGCCUGUGGUCCCAACUGGCGUGAAGUCGAGAACUUCAACUUUUGGGCGACUAAAAAUAGAUAAGUCUGAAAUCUGCUUCAUUUUCAGGCUCAAGGCUUGUUCCCUCCUCAGCUUUACACAUAUGCUAUUCACGCUCGCUUUUAUGCCUUUACUUGUUCUCUUCCCUUUGCUUCACAAUCGCCUUCAUCACCGUAAGCUAACUUAGACCGAGCCUGCCAGGCGCUGACUCAGAAUCAGUGUCGGGGAACUAACUUACUUGAACACGGGAGGACAGCAUUGUAACUGUGAAGUAUCCGGUUGUGAAAGGUGCUCAAUUCAGUAACAUGUAUACUAGGUAUAAGUGCUUGAAAUAAAGCAAGACGUUGCACAAAAGGGAGAAGAAGAGAGGACAGAUCUGGGGAGAAUGAACAUCUAUUCAUCCCCUUUGCACUCUUCCUGAUCAAACCUGGAGUUCUACGUGAGCUAACCUUGACGGUGUUGGUUAUAUUGAGGCAACAGCAUGGUGCCUGUCAUGCGUCAUGGAGGAACGCCGAGACGUGUGUCACGUGUCCAACCUUAGAUCCUUUAAGACAACAGAAUUAUGCCUAUCAUGUGUCAUGGGAGAAUCCGGUGACACGACCUUAUUUCGCUUUCUUUAAGCACUACUUAGGGUCUUUAUAAUAUAUCUGCUAGACAAACGAGACUGGCAAACUAAGUGUGAUUGAGUCCCAUAAUGGCAGCAACCUUGUCCCUUAAUAUGCUAUACUUCCUCCCACAUAGCUUACUGAUAAGGAAAAGUCUACCCUGAAAGAUCAACAAACAAAGACUGGGCUGGACAAGACUAGCCACAAGAAGCUGCUUUUCUACGGGAAACAAGAACCGCUGUAUUCUUCUCUCAAGAAUAAGAGCCACUGCGCGAUAAGAGUUUUCUGCUGCAACAAAGUUAUGAAAUGACGAGUAUUCCCCAAUCUGCAAAUCAACGGAAGUCAUAUAUCUGAAAUUUACGGUUCAUGAAUGAUGGUAGUGGAUGCAGCACCAAGUUACGCCUGCGGAUCGAUCCAAGUUCCCAGAAAGGAAAUAGGAAGGCUAGGCUGAUAUUGUACCUAGGUUUUGCUGUUCAUUGACGCGAUGCUCAUGCCGAAAACGAGUGCUUCAGCUGCGUGUGCCGCGCGCUGGAGGAUGAUAUGGCGCCCAUAGUUAUCAUAGCAGGCAAUUACGGCGCGUUAUGUGUCAAGGGGACAACCUCCAAAGACACGCAUGGCCUUGCCCUUUGGCUUUUUUUGGACUGAGUCGUCAUCGCUAAUACGAUGGAGGACCAGCAAGUAGAGAUCAGCAAGAUGUCAGAACCCGCGGGCAAGAGGAAAAGAUGGACCUGUCCUCCGAUUGCACUCACGCUGUUGACACUAAAUCAGGCAGGAGGUGGGCUGCCAUACUUGAGGGACCUGAUUAUGACAAGCUUCUUGAUAGCGCAGAAGUGCAACGCGACCAAGGUUGUCGAGGUAUGUGUCUCUCUUAUGAUGACCAUAAUGAUUCAGUUUAGUUCACCGAAUAGGAAGUUCGUCAGCGAGGUUGAGAGGCGAUUCGCAAGUUCAACAGGUUUAAUUAUGCCUUCGUACACCAACAGAAAAUUCCCCCUUGGUGGCAAUGCCAUGAAAGUCUCCCACGCUGCUCCUAAAUAUAACAGAAAAGUCUGUGUUUUAUUCUACCCUCUCAAAAACGUCGAACAAAGAUACUCAUGAAGAACCAGAGUAGGCAUGCAUUUGGUGAUUGCACAGCUGACAGCUAGGAUUACUGGGGAACAGCACGCGCUUGGUGAUCUGGCGGGCAUGCCUUUCUUUCCCCUUUUCAACCGCUCCUAUAAUGGAGAAGGGGCAGCAGAGAAGAACCGGCGAUCAAGAUUUUGGAGAAGGGGCUGAGAUUGGAAAGGGAGGGUUACGGUCGAACAAAAGAGGAAGAAUUGACUUGCAUUUGCACUCGAUAUACAAUCUGGUUUAAAUGAGAUGGUAUCGUUGCCACUUUAUGUCGUCUAGGAACGCCGCCACCAUACUGAUGC